GGACAGCCACGCCGGCAGCGACCCCGGCAGCUAGCGGCCCCGCCCUCUCGGCCGGCUGCGGGCUCCGCGGGCGGGGGCUAAGCCGCUGUCUGGAGCCGACCGGCAGCGGGCCCGCAGACCCACCCACCGACCCGCGGACAGGCUGCCGACCGCGCAGGGAGCAGCCGCCCGUGUUCCCUGGGGCAGAGUCCGCAGGGCCACCGAGGAGCGGAGCGGGGGCUGCGCAGUGACCUGUCGCCGUCGUCACUCUGGACGCCGGAGUGCGCUCGGUUGGUUUGCUUUAAAACGAGAGCUUGAGUUUCCCCGACAGGUGCAUUUGGUCGAAUUCAACGGAAAUUCCCCUCCCCGUCCCCGCGCGGCGGCCGGCGCAGACCCGGCCCCCGACCCAGGCGGCGGUCAGUGUCCCCGGCGCGUCCCGGGCCGCCCCAGCCUCGGGAGCACUUGCUGCUCGGCAGGCGCCCGGAGAGCGCAGGGCACCCCCUCCCCCCCAAAGAAGACAGCCCCCGGGGAUUCCGGCCCCGAAAAUGAUCAGACCUGCGCGUAGCCUGGCAGGAAGACUGUAACCGUGGGAAUUCAACUACCUACCCAGGCAAUAUGAAGAUUUUCUUUGUGGAACCUGCCAUUUGCCUGAGUGCAUUUGCUAUGACUUUGACUGCCCCACUGACAACACAGUAUGUGUAUAGGAGAAUAUGGGAAGAAACCAGCAACUACAGUUUUGUGUCGGAUAGCAAUAUUUCUGAGUGUGGAAAAAAUACAAGCAGCCCAAUUUUUGCAUUCCAGGAGGAAGUUCAGAAGAAGGUGUCUCUCUUUAAUCUGCAGAUGGACAUAAGUGGGCUAAUUCCCGGUCUAGUGUCUACGUUCAUACUUCUGUCUCAUAGUGAUCAUCGAGGACGGAAAUUCCCUUUGAUUUUGUCUUCCGCUGGUGCCCUUGCAACCAGUGUUUGGCUCUGUGUGCUCUCCUACUUUGCUUUUCCAGUCCAGCUUCUGAUUGCAUCUACCUUUAUCGGUGCACUCUGUGGCAAUUCUACCACAUUUUUAGGGGCCUGUUUUGCCUACGUAGUUGAUCAAUGUGUAGAACAGAAACAAAGAACAAUUCGAAUAGCUAUAAUUGACUUCAUACUUGGACUUGUCACUGGAUUAACGGGACUGUCUUCUGGCUAUUUUAUCAGAGAACUAGGUUUUGUGUGGUCCUUUUUCAUUAUUAGUAUGGCUCUUGCUGUUAACUUGAUUUAUAUUUUAUUUUUUCUUGGCGAUUCAUUGAAAGAAUCUUCAUCUCCGAAUGUUGCCAUAUCAUGUAGUGAAGGCUUUAAAAACCUAUUUUACCGAACUUACAUGCUUUUUAAAAAUGCUUCUGGUAAGCGACGGUAUUUUCUCUGUUUGUUACUUUUUACAAUGAUCACUUAUUUUUUCGUGACAAUUGGCAUUUCCCCCAUUUUUAUCCUUUAUGAAUUGGAUUCCCCACUCUGCUGGAAUGAAGUCUUUAUAGGUUAUGGAUCGGCUCUGGGUAGCACUACCUUUUUCAGUAGUUUCCUAGGAAUAUGGCUUUUUUCUUACUGUAUGGAAGACAUUCACAUGGCCUUCAUUGGAAUCUUUACCACCAUGGCAGGAAUGGUUAUGACUGCUUUUGCCAGAACAAUAUUAAUGAUGUUUUUAGUCAGGUUGCCAUUCCUUUUCACGAUCGUGCCGCUCUCUGUUCUACGGUCCAUGAUGUCAAAAGUGGUUCGUUCUACUGAACAAGGUACCCUGUUUGCUUGCACUGCCUUCUUGGAAACGCUUGGUGGUGUCACUGCAGUUUCUACUUUUAAUGGAAUUUAUUCAGCCACUGUCGCCUGGUACCCAGGCUUCACCUUUCUGCUGUCUGCCGUUCUGUUACUAAUUCCAGCCAUCAGUCUAUGCAUCGUCAAGUGCGCCAGCUGGAACGAGGGAAGCUAUGUACUUCUUACACAAGAGGAACCCAGUGAAGACACUUCAGACAGCUGAUCGUGAUUUAAAAAAAAUAAUUGGACACACACAUUAUAUACUCGGACUUCCGAGGACUGUAAACUAGCUCCAUAAUCAAUAGUUCAUAAAUAAUCAAUGCUACAUGCCCUUUCUUCUCAACUGAACAGUGAGAGAAAAGGCUCCUGGCUCUAGCUUCUUACAGUACCAUGCACUUUGAGCACUUUAUGAAUAUUCUGCGAUGGAUUCCCAUAGAUAGAACAAAUCUCAAAACACUUCCCAUUUCUGGAUUUGGGAAAGAAACGGAAACUUCACAGUCUAAAGGGAUUAAGAAACUUAACACAAUCAAAAGCAAUAAUCUCCCUGACAUACUCCAGCCUCUCACCCUGGGACCAAGGAGAACUUUUUACCUCAGUUUCUUCAUCUGCAAAAUGGGUUUCUGACCUCUCAAAGAUUUUGAAGGCAUCACUGUUCAAAAUUAUGACGAAUCAUUCUCUGAUAGGAAAAUAACAGUAGAAGCUUCAAACAAUUCUAGUACAGUCACACCUCUGCUUGGAUAAUGCUUUGUUUUACAGAGCCCAUCAAGGUACUAGGGACCGUGAAAGUUUCUAAGAGAUGCAAAAACCUUAAAAUGGAAGCACUUUAGAGGAGACAUAUUUUCACUUUUCCUAAUACAUGUCAUCAGCGACAGGUAUGAUAGUGUUUAUAUAGGUGACACGGGUGACUGGAAAAAUACUGUAAAUAAAAUUUUUUAUAAAGAAAUGUAAACACUGAGCAAGCAGCCAAUCAUGAAGUAAUGUUAUAGAGCCAAUAUUCAUUCCUUAUUUUUAUCCAGGGAUAUCCACAUCUUACUGCCUUAAACUUAUCCUGAGACCCACCCUGGUCCCUGAGAACACAUUCUCUCAUGCCUCCUAUCUUUCUAUACACUGUUCCAUUUGCCUUUCCUCCUUUGAGGCAUUGGAACUUUCAACUGUCAGCCAAAUCCUGCUUCCUCUGUGUAGCCUUCUUGACAUUUCUUGCCUACUCCUAUGCUCCCCCCACCCACAGCACGGGGUGCAUACUUCCAUCCUGGCAUUUUCCACCGUCUCCUAGUGUUUGUUUUCCUUACUUGACAAUGAGCACCUUGAGGACAGGGACAGUCUUUGAUUCCUCAUUAUAUCCUCAAUAAAUGUUUGUUGAACUA